UAUAAUUCUGGUAUAUGUUAUUAUUCUUUUUUUACCGUUUCUUCUGUCAUUCUUACAGUAUGCGCUGUCAAAGUACGAUGUACGUGAGCUUUUUCUUAACAUGAAUUUUGGUAUAUUUUUGAUAAUAUUAGGUUUUGCUCAUUUAGUUUGUUGUUCUAAUAGUAAUGUCACUAAUAAUGAGUGCGAUGUAUGUACAUUAUCAUGGUUCCGUCGUAAACGGGAUCUUAAGGAGUACACGCGAUGGAAGUCGAACAUAGAGACGACACAAGAAUUUAUUGUUAAAGUUUUAGAAGACGAUGUGUCAUUACCUCAAAUUAAGAAGUUUGCGGCUAUAAACAUUGCGCCGUUCACUAAAGAAAGAGAAAAAAUUAUAAUUGGUGGUCCAAUAACUCCAUCACCUACAACGCCUUCAGAUUCAGAUAAGUUAAAAGAUUAUACUCGAUUUGGUCCUCCCUCGACCUUGUCUGUUACUGCCAUUGAUGGAAACAUUAUCCUUCAGCCCAUUAAAAUAAACGAAAAUGCAAUUGCACCGAUUCGACCCCCAGGUCGUAAAUCCGGAUUAGAACCUGCAAAAAACCCACUUCGAGAUGAAAGUCCUCCAGCGCGACCCCAAUUCCUACCAAAACAAGAGCCAUUAAUAGCUCGGCAAUUCGCUCCAAUAGCGCCGGUAUCUUUUACUAAACGUAAUUCUCUGGGCCCUUUGACUGGUCGUGGAAUAGACAAAUCGAUGUUGUUCAGAGAAACAACAUUUCAACAUCCCACAAGAACUUCCCAUGCAGAGCUAGAAGUCCCAAAAAGGACAACAGAAUUUACGACUUCUGUUACAUAUGACUACAAUUAUGAAUUAAGAUCUCAAUUUGUUCCAAUGCGGACUUCACAAAAGUCGAUAAUAGAUUUACAUAGAACAAUAACUGACCAAAUAGAAACGGAAAAUAGUGAUUUUAUGCCCACGAUUGCCAGUAAAAAAAUAGCAGCACAGAAAGGUUCUUCAAAAAUAGGACACAAAGAAACAAAAAUGGCUUACGAUCUACUUUACCACGAUGAAGAUGAAAUAAGCGACCCGAGAAGAAAAGAACAUCAAAGAAUCACAGAGAGUUAUGACGAUCUCCAUUUAAUUGACAACGAGAAUGUUACACGAGAUGACGCUUUAAAUAAUGCUGAAGAACGUGAAAGUACCACAGACGACUCCGAUUCAAAUAAUAACGAUAAAGACAAUUUGGAAACGACUAUAAGUGGUUCUCUAGCUCAACAAAAGCUAUUUGGUGUGGCGACUAUAGAAUCAGUUUCUAAUAAAUGGGACAGCGAGGAAGAUGAAGAUAAAAGCAAAACAACGCUGAAAGAAAAAAAAGUAUUUUUAUGUAACAUAUUAAAAAGAAGACAACUUUCUUUCAGCACUCCAUUGACUUUGUACGAGAUAGUAACGCAACUAAAACAAUGGGCCGAUGAAAGUCCUGUUGCCAAAUGGAUGGACCUUACCGAAGGAAAUUACACGAUAAUGGAAAAUCCGAUACACAUGAUGAUGGUGGAUGAUCCCAGUAGUGGACAAAUUAUGUCUGCUAAAAAAACCGUUAUGAUCGUCGCAGGAAUCCAAGGAAGAGAUCAUCAUGCUGUUACGGCGGCGAUGUACGUUCUGUAUCAGUUGAUUGAACGCAGUGAAGCACAUUCUGAUUUGCUUACAAAGUUCCGCUUUUGGAUUGUUCCUGUUUUUAAUCCAGACGGAUAUGAUUAUUCAAUGACUUUCCCCCAAAGACGUGAAUGGACGAAGAAUGUACGACAGUCGUGGGAUUCGUGCCAAGGUAGGAUUCUAUGUAGGACCUGCGAAGAGUUCGGAGUGGGUUGUACGAUACGGCCAUGUUACGGAGUCAACUUGGAUCGCAAUUUUGAAUAUCAAUGGAUACCCAAAGAGUUGCGCUCUGAACAUCCGUGUGGAAUGCUGUAUGCUGGACCUCGUCAACUGAGCGAGGCUGAGACGAUAGCGCUCACGCAUUUUCUUCACAGUCAGCGCACGCCGAUUCACACUUUCAUAGCUUUCAAAGAAGGAGAUGUUCUAGGAAUAAUGUACCCUUACUCACACACAAAGAAGAGACGUGCCUUCGAUCACAUUUAUAGACACAGAGCCUCGAGAGCUGCAGCCGCUGCUAAUAGCAUCAGCGGUCGGCCAUACGUUGCUGGUCAAACCUCCGAGUUUCUACCGCUUUACGCUGGUGGCGUUGAAGACUGGGUGGAUGGUCAUCUGGGGAUAGACAAUACUUAUACCGUCAUGAUGUUCCGACCCUCUGAUUCCUAUAGUUCAAAACUUAUCACGGAGCGCGUCGUUCACGAGGCGUACGCUGCGGUGGAUACUUUGCUUCUAGAGAGUGUCGAGACUCCGAGAUCGCCGCAAACAGUUUUAACCAGAGCCAAAGCUUCUGCAAACACCUUAUUCGCGAAUAUCUUUAUAUUAUUACCUAUGGUUCUGGGCUUCGGUUAAACCAGUGGUUCUAAACUGUUGGUAUCAAUUAGGAGCUAAGAGUCUAUCCGAUAAUACAAACAAUGUAAUAAACACUUUGACAAAAUAUUUCUGAUGAAUGCCCUAUUUCUUUCUUUCUUAUGUUCCUUGGGAUUUUACGUGUAUAAAGAGGAUGAUAUAUAUAAUGUUAACUAUAUUGAAAAUAAA